CGUGCGGUGAAAAGCAAGAGGAGGAGAGCAUUAACCAAGCACCUUCAUGCAGAAAAAUGAGCCUUGGAAGCUGAGGAGCUUCAGAGCGCAGGAAGUGCGUGGCUGGAGACAGUUCAGGCUCUGUAGGGAACAGGAGGGGAGCUGUUUGGAGUCAGAGGGUGCUACCACAUGAACUCUUGUGACUUGUGGUUAAGAGCAGUUGGCAGAAGCACAGGAACACAGUGAGCUCUGCUGCUGCCUUCGCACUCCGUCCGGAGCACAGGACAAUCACCAGUGGUCCCAGCUCCCCUUUGGAAGCAUCGACUUCAGUGGCAAUUGGGGCUCCUUCCAUCCAGCAGCAGAAGACUCCAGCGAUGGAACAAGGAAUCUUUGCUUACCUGAACUACCAUGUUCCCCGGACAAGGAGGGAGAUCCUGGAGACCCUUAUCAAAGGGCUGCAGCGGCUGGAGUACAGAGGCUAUGAUUCCGCAGGUGUGGGAAUCGAUGGCGGAAACGACAAAGACUGGGAAGCUAAUGCCUGCAAAAUCCAGCUUAUCAAACAGAAGGGGAAAGUGAAGGCUCUGGACGAAGAGGUUCACAAGCAACAGGACAUGGACCUUGAUAUCGAGUUUGAUGUGCACCUUGGAAUCGCCCAUACCCGCUGGGCCACUCAUGGUGAGCCCAGUCCCAUCAACAGCCACCCACAGCGCUCGGAUAAAAACAAUGAGUUCAUUGUCAUCCACAACGGCAUCAUCACCAACUACAAGGACCUGCGCAAGUUCCUGGAGAGCAAGGGCUAUGACUUCGAGUCGGAGACGGACACGGAGAGCAUCGCCAAGCUGGUCAAGUACAUGUAUGACAACCGUGACAGCGACGACAUCAGCUUCACCACCCUGGUGGAGAGGGUCAUCCAGCAGCUGGAAGGUGCUUUCGCCCUUGUGUUCAAAAGUGUUCAUUAUCCUGGUCAAGCAGUUGGGACCAGGCGAGGCAGCCCCCUGCUUAUCGGGGUACGCAGUGAGCACAAGCUCUCCACCGACCACAUCCCCAUCCUCUACCGAACGGCCGUGCAAUCUAUGGAUCAUUCUUUUGAUGGAAUAUCCAUAAAAAUGGAGGAAGGGAAGGACAAGAAGGGAAGCUGCAACCUGUCUCGUGUGGACAGCACCACCUGCCUUUUCCCUGUGGAGGAGAAAGCUGUGGAGUACUACUUUGCUUCUGAUGCUAGUGCUGUCAUUGAGCAUACCAACAGAGUGAUUUUCCUGGAGGAUGAUGAUGUAGCUGCUGUGGUCGACGGCCGGCUUUCCAUCCAUCGCAUUAAGCGCACGGCAGGCGACCACCCUGGACGGGCUGUCCAAACCCUGCAGAUGGAGCUUCAGCAGAUUAUGAAGGGUAACUUCAGCUCGUUUAUGCAGAAGGAAAUAUUUGAACAGCCAGAAUCUGUCGUUAAUACGAUGAGAGGAAGGGUCAACUUUGAUGACUACACUGUAAACCUUGGUGGGCUGAAGGAUCACAUCAAGGAGAUUCAGAGGUGUCGUCGUUUAAUCCUCAUUGCCUGUGGCACGAGUUACCACGCUGGGGUUGCGACCCGCCAGGUUCUGGAAGAACUGACGGAAUUACCUGUUAUGGUGGAACUGGCCAGCGACUUCUUGGAUAGAAACACUCCUGUCUUCAGAGAUGAUGUUUGCUUUUUCCUCAGCCAGUCAGGUGAGACAGCAGAUACGCUGAUGGGUCUUCGGUACUGCAAAGAAAGAGGAGCCUUAACUGUAGGAAUAACCAACACAGUUGGCAGCUCCAUAUCACGGGAGACAGACUGCGGCGUCCACAUCAAUGCAGGACCAGAGAUCGGCGUUGCCAGUACCAAGGCCUACACCAGCCAGUUCGUCUCCUUGGUGAUGUUUGCUCUGAUGAUGUGUGAUGACAGAAUCUCGAUGCAGGAGAGGCGCAAGGAAAUCAUGCGUGGGCUAAAGGGACUGCCAGACUUAAUUAAAGAAGUGCUGAGCAUGGACGAUGAGAUCCAGAAGCUGGCCACGGAACUAUACCACCAGAAGUCAGUUCUCAUCAUGGGACGUGGCUACCAUUAUGCUACAUGUCUUGAGGGAGCUUUGAAAAUCAAAGAAAUCACCUACAUGCACUCAGAAGGGAUCCUGGCAGGGGAGCUGAAGCACGGCCCUCUCGCACUGGUGGACAAACUCAUGCCUGUUAUCAUGAUCAUCAUGAGAGACAACACGUAUGCCAAGUGCCAGAACGCUCUGCAGCAGGUCAUUGCACGGCAAGGGCGACCUGUUGUGAUUUGUGAUAAGGAAGACAUCGAGACCAUUAAGAACAAUAAAAGAACAAUCAAAGUUCCCCAUUCAGUGGACUGUCUGCAGGGGAUCCUGAGCGUUAUCCCCCUUCAGCUCCUGGCUUUCCACCUUGCAGUUCUCAGAGGAUAUGAUGUUGAUUUUCCAAGAAAUCUGGCCAAGUCCGUAACUGUAGAGUGAAAGAUCAUCUGAAUCAUAGGGGCAAAAGGGGGAUUAAAUGAAAGACUUCUUUUUGGUACCAAAAUAACUUGAUUUUAAAGUCCCCUAGGUAAAUCUUAUUUUGGUAAAUCGUUGUUUGUGUAUAAGAUCACCAUAAUUCCAUUACAUUAGUGAUUGUCAGAUUGAUUCCACGUGCUAUGUCAAUAGCUUUGGGGUUUUUUGAACAAUAGACUUCCAUGCAAGAUG